AUGAACCCCCAUUCCUCUGCCGGCGGCCAAUCAUGGGGCCACCCGAUGCGCUCGCUGAACGGUGGCCCUGCUCGGCCUGAUCAGGCAUCAGUGUCUCUCCAGUCCAAUAUUCCAGUCGAAUCCUCGCAACUGUCAUCCCGCCAGCCCAUCGCGAUCGACUUGACCGGUGGCGGGUCCGAAUCGCAAGACAGAGAACCGCCGCCGAAACGACCGCGACUCGAUGUAUCUGGAUCGUCAAAUUUGAGCGAAGCUGGUGCAACAGUUAAUAGCGCGGAAACAAAAAAUACUCCGGGGAGCGCCGGUUCGCGAACACAGCUCAGCUGGCGCGGCCGGCCGCUGUGGUCGUUCCAGGCCGUCAUGUCGGAAAUUCCGGGCAGCGAGAGUCGAGCCGAUGGUGCAACUUCGAAGCCCUCAUCGCCGCCUCCAUUACCUAUUCAACCAUGGAGCAAUGCACCCGCAGACCGUUCGCGAAAUGUGGGUACACAAACUACAGAGAACAUGCCCGACACCAAGGUCCAAACAACACCUUAUCGCAUCCAGGUCCCUUCCGUGGCACCAAAAAUCAAAGGCGAGAAAGUUGCCGACUUCGCGCCGUGGACAGGGAAUCAUCCGGAAGAUAUUCUCAACGAACAAACCGCCAAGCAAGGAUACUAUGACCGAACCCAAGUCUCUCAGAACGAGUCAAACACGGCCCGCCCCGCUCUAUACACCCAGUUCAAACACCGCGCUGGUCUGCAAAUGCUUUCAUCUGUAUUCUCGGCUGCGAUGGAGAUGCGACAAAACCACAAUACCAUCAAUGCCCCGUCAACCUUCAAGCCUCCGCCACGAGUCACGCUCACCGACAACAAGCGAGAGGCCUGGCUUCGAGACCUCGCCAACCAAUCUGUUCCGCUGCGACGACUCAGCAGAACUAUCCCACACGGUAUCCGCGGCAAGGUCCUUCUCGAUCAGUGUCUAGGCAAAUGGAUUCCAGUUGCCCGAGCUGUUUGGCUUGCAAAAUGUGUGGGUGCCAACGAGAUUCGAGCCUUCAAAAGAAAGGGCACCAGUGGUGCUUUGGCCGUGGGGUUGGAGACAAAGUGGGUACGAGAUUGGACUUCCAAUGUACAACAGUUUGUGGAGGGUGUUUUUAGCUCCCCAAAGUCUUUGAACUGGAAAAGCAAGAUGACUUAUGCAGUUGGAUUAACUGCCCGUCUGUUCUUUGAGAACCUGCUGGACCACGAUAAUUUCCUUGAGUGGUUCCUUUCAUCCUUUGAGGCGGCUUCCAUCGCCACAGUCCCUGUUUGGUUAUUGAUGCUUGGCAUUUACUGGAACAAUAUCAUGCGGUACCGACGACGGGGACGACAAUUGGCUGAAAUAUUACUUCAAAAACUCCAACAGACUUCUGAAGUCAAGCUCAGCACCCUCAAGCCUCUUGUGGAUCGAUUAUCUCGUUUCAUCACAAAACUGGCCCGUGAACAUACCUCAUCCAUGGUAUUGCCGAAUUCAUGGGAUUUGUACAAAUCACAAGUGUCAUCAUGUCUCGAUUUGGAACAGAAAGCAGACCGAAUCCUUUUUCAAAGCCUCUCAGAGCGCAAUGCACGAGUGCAACGACCGCGCCACUCGAAACAGGCCGCACGAGGCUCACCCCAGCAACGCAUCAUUCGACUUCUAGACUCGGUAUUAUCUACACGGGACAUCUCAUCGGUCUCCUCUGCCUGCCUGGAUGCAGUAAGCAACAGAGCUGUUUUGGUCUCAAAGUUAUUGGAAUGGCUCGCCACACCGUUCCGUCAUGGUAUUUGUCGAGUCUACAUAGGAGUUCGCCUUCUACGAAAGUGGAAAGCAGCUGGAGUUGAUGUUGACGACCAUAUACUCGCCUUUCUUACGCGGACCGGGAGCUCCAAAAAGCUCAACAUGGACAAUAUUUACCACGCCGUAUCCGAGCUCGUCAGGUCACAGACUUUCUCGGUUGGUCGAUAUCUUCAAUGGUUGAUGGCAAAGGGAAUUACGAGCUUUGCUUCGAACGAACAGAGAACGCUGCACGAUCUGCCAUGUGAUGUUGGAUUGAUCGUCCAGCUUCCUGUUGGCCGACUUCCAGAGCAUGUGAGUAACUUGCGUGGUACUCUAUUGAACCGCAUGGGAUUCUCCGCUUCGGAAGAGACUGCAAUGAUCGCGAGUGUCAAGGAUCUGAUUUCCCGUCGUCUCCCUGCUCUUUUCGACGCACCAAUGGACGCAAAAGAACCCCUUCAAGUGUUCCCCGCGAAAAUGAGUUGGGCCGUCAAAGCCGAAGUCUGCCAAUGGCUACGACGCACGAUCGCCGAUUACACCCGUGACGCCACCCAUUCAAGUUUCCGAACUGCCUUCUCCAGCGAGAAGGUUCCCUCUAUCUCUGCCGUUUCACCGAGCGAGUUCUACAUCAUCCGUGACAUCUUGGAGAACUUUGGUGAUAUUUCCAUGCUUGCAGACAUCUUGAGAAUCACGUCGAGCUCUGAAGACUACACUGUUCUUGCAUCUAUCGCCGACACUACAAACUGCCACUUCGACUCUCUGUGUGCAAUUGGCGCAACCGCCGACCUAUUCCGAAAAGUUGUAGACGCAUAUGCCGGGUUGAAACGGUUCGGCAUCCCGAAUUUGGACCUUAUGUUUUCUCUUAUCGAAUUGGGCAUGCGCAUCCCCAACGAGCUAAACACCAUUGCCAUUCUACGACAAGACCUCUCCCGCAUGGAGAACCGGUCCGUUAUAGCCGCAUCAUCGCCGGUAUCUGACCAUAUUCCCGAUUCACUAGGAGAUGCCGAUCCUCUGUUCCGCGAAAAGCUGGACCAUUUCCUUUCAUCCGGAAAUAUCAUGGAUGAGCCUACCCUUGACACCAUAUUCAAUACUUUGACCAAGCACUUGGAAUCUGGCAAUGACGGUGCGAAGUUGUCGGCAAACGACACAUGCCGAUAUCUAGCGCAGCUCCGAUCAUUCCAGCCGAAGCAUUUCGAUGGGAUCCUCGCCCGCUGGGUUUGUAGCCAUCUGCGGGCGCCUGAUCGCUGUACUUUACUUCGUAUCCUUCCACCUCUCAUUGGAGUUGGGUGUGUCACUAUCCGGUCAUUUUUGUCUCUUGUGAAACGGAUUUCAUACUCUGCCAAGGUCAUCCCCAACGCAGCGAGUCUUCCAGCGGAUCUUGUCGCGCUUCUUGUGACUCGUGCGGAGGAUGACGGGUACCUUGACUUGGUCUCCUACCGGUUCCGACUUGCACAACAAGAGUUCCUUUCAAAGGACUCUGAUCAGGCUCUUGGGAUCGCCUGCAGUGCUGCUGCAGCUCUUGAUACGUCAACUUCAACCCCGAUCGUCCAACGUAAGAAUCUGGAAAACUCGAUGGUCACGCUGUUGCACGAGCUCCUGGUGCGCAAUCCUGGCUGCUCAGAUCAGAAAUGCGUGCAGAACCUCUUAAGUCAACAUCCAGCGGCACUCGCUUUGCUGCAGAGAGCGCUCGACAUCUUGCUCGACGCUGACUUUGAAAAGCGCUCGUCGGGUGUGGAAGCUGCUACCUCAUCGACCUACAACCAGUGCUCAGCGAAUCAGGGUUCGGUUGUUUCCGAGGUCGAGAAACUUGCCAGUACAACAGACGACUUCUCGCUGCCAUUUUGCCAACUGAAGCUUCAGGUUCUCUUCAAUGCCGACUCUGGACACGAGUUCCGAGACAGGUUUGUAGAUGCGAUGUUCAAAACGGUCGUGGCAGAUUCUCGUUCGCAGAAGCUUCACUGGGUUGACCUCGUUUCUCUUAUGAACCCAGAUGCUGUCCGCCAAAUUCGCGAGCGUGCUGAAAAAGAAUUUUUCGCCAUCCCAAUCUUUGAAGAAGCGACCGAAACCCUUUCGUCUCCACGAAACAUGGGCACUCUUCAAACAGCCAAGUUGUAUCUCACCAUUAUCGAACAGCUUUCCGGCAGUAUACCUGACUCGGGGACCCCGGCCGUUGCUUCGGCUGUCGUGGAAAAGAUGGACGCGUUGCUCCAGAAGAUUCUGACAAUGCAGCCAAGCUCCCACAACAAUGAUAGAAGGCGAACUGCGGCCUCGCCGAACCAACAACGGAGCCAUUUCGAGCGAUCCCUCGCCUUUUGGUUCUCUGCGCUCUUGCGCAUGGCUGUCCUCCACCGUGCUUCAUUCAUGCAACCUUCCCCGACUCUGAAAAUUGGUUCUCCUCAAGAGCAAACUCGAUUGUUGACGUCAAUAUUCUGUGUCGCGCUCUCUCGUCUUCCCGGUGAAGUUCUACGCCUCUUCCCAGGGGCGGACUACUUUCCCCAUCCAGGCGCUUCCGAGAACCACAGCCCUUGCCCGGGAAUUCUAUUGCAGACCCAUGCCUUGGAUGUGGCUGCCUCCUUGAUCGAUGUGUUCCCAGACGAGGUUCGUCUCCAAUGUGGCCGCUUUCUCAAAGAUAAAUGCCCGCCUUUCGUCCCACUCCAAAACGACACCCGCUUCUCCUACCUUCUCGGGCCCACGUCCGAUUUUUCUGCUGCUGCUGCUGCGCUACAGUCAGCUUCAGCUCCAUCUCCAGCGGCAUCGGCAUCAACGCCUACUCAGUCAUCCGCCAACUUCCCUACCGCUACCACGUACCAACAACCACCAGCGCCGUCAUCUGGCCCUCCGAACGGACUCGCUGAAAUCUCCAAAUGUACGGUCAAUCAGCUGCGCCUUGACCAUCGUGGAAGGAUAGGUGCCCCGUUCCCAAUCCGCUCCUGGGAACUAUUGGAGGAUGCAGCACCGUUCGUUGGAGUCAACGACACUGCUGUAAACCUGAGUUACUUUGAUGCCAGACGUGUCCGAGCCUAA